UUACUGGUCUCAUUUUAACAUCCUGCUAACUACAAAAUUGGUUCCCAGUACAGUUUUCACUGAGAUAAUGUCUGUGAUAAAAGGUGGGUUGAUAGCUGGGGAGGUAUGUGAUGGGAAGCUCAGUCGGCAGGAUUAUGUUUCAUUAUCUGAGUGUCGUGUUGGGUCCAAGUAUAAGCAGGCAGAAAAGGGAGAUGGUGUAUGAUAUCUUCUUAGCAUAUGAGAAGAAAAAGGCGGUUAAUGGAGAAUUUGAUUUUGCUGACUUAGUCAUUGAUCUUCAUCAUCGACUAAGAAAUGAGAGCAUGCAGCGUGCUCAUCUGCAGAUGGACGACAGACAAUCAAAAACAGCUUUAGAAGAGGGAAAACACGAAGAUGCAGUCAGUUGUAGGGCGAAGGUAACUGGUGAAGGAGAUGACAAAUAUUUGAUUGUUACUGCUGAACAGCCACUAUGUGCUUAUCAUCUAGAUGAUUGGAUCCAUCCUUCACAGCUACCAAUAAGAUAUGCUGGAUAUUCGUCUUGCUUCCGCAAAGAAGCAGGUUCUCAUGGCCGCGAUACUCUUGGGAUUUUCCGAGUUCACCAGUUUGAGAAAGUGGAGCAGUUCUGCCUUACUA